AUAUUGAAAUCUAGAUCUCCCUAUACAUUAAAAAUUCGUAAUAAAUUUGACGAAUUUUAUGUGAUUUUGUUCACCCACGAAGGAUUAGAGUUAUCUGUUUCCGGGUCACAGCCUCUGUGGGCCUCUCGCAGGAAAAUCACGGGGAGUGGGGAGAGCCGAAGAGGAAAUCAGUGCUGGCGGGUGAGACACACCGACAGGAAGAUGGAUUUCCUUCCUUUCUUCCUUGGCUAUGUGGGAAUAUUUGGAAUUGUGGCUGUCCUUGUUUUGUUUGCAAACUCCACUCCCUAUUUUUCCAGUGUUUCGGACCGCAUUAAACAGAUAAUAAUAAGGACUGUUCACAAAGUGGUCCCCACCUUCAUUAUAAAUCUUGUUAAAGACAUAGUUCACUAUGUUUUUAAUACAAGGAACCAUGUGAUGCAGUUUAUGUUUGGGAUACUGGUGGUUGGGGGCAAUGUGAUCCUCAUGAUGGACGUUAUGCCACUGCUGUACAUUUUUGAGCCAGAGGAGAACCACAUGUUUCUCCCCAUGGUUUUUCUCUUUGUUAACUUGGCUGCGUUUCACUUGAGCUGUGCGACGGACCCAGGGCACAUCACUUCAAGCAAUGUUGCCAUGCUAGCCUCCCUUUACAAGGCUGAUGGGAUUAUGUUCAAAGCUGGUUCACAAUGUAGCACCUGCAAGCUGGCCAAGCCUGCUCGGUCUAAGCACUGUAGUAUUUGCAACAGAUGUGUUCACCGUUUUGACCACCACUGCAUAUGGACCAACAACUGUGUGGGUGCUGGUAACCUGCGCUGGUUCUUUGGCUUCCUGUGGACUCUGGUGGUCAUGGUGGUGAACGGUGCUGUGAUGGGGACCCGGGCCAUGAUGCUCAUGGUGCAGCAUCUCAAGAUCAUGGACUCAGGAUAUGUGGAUCCUAGUACUGGGAAUGUCUUGCCUGUUACUAUUCCAGUUAUGAUUCAGCAUCUGUUUAUGCAGCACCCUCGCUGUGUUUUCCUGAUCUCAUCGCUGUUCAUGCUGACUGUGCUGUUGGGAUUGUUCACUCUGUAUCACACAUAUCUUUUGCUCAACAACCAGACUACGAAUGAACGCUACAAAAUUGCUGAUUUGCCUGUUGUCAAACUCGGUGGUCACCCGCAGGAUGAGGCCUCUCAUAAAGAAUCAACGAGUCCAGGAAGUUCUGAAAAUAAGCAACAGAGAGACAAGAAUGGUCGACAUCUCUCUGGUCAAGAUCAAAAAAAGAAUUCUAAAUCCAGCAGAAAGCAAGCAUCAUCACCGAAGUCGGGAGAAAACAGAAAAGUAGAAAAUAAUACUGCUGUUAGAGGGCAUAAAUGUGAUGAGAAAGAUGUAAGUUCUUUUUAUAACAAAGGGCUGUAUCAAAAUAUAUGUGAAGUUCUCUUUCCUUGGUCUGAUUUAGCUGAAAUGCAGGAAGUCGCUCCACAAAAUGUUCAGUCGACCGAUUCUAUCCACAAACGAAAGAAACGUUGAAGGUUUGUGGACCAAAAGUUUUGGUUUUGAUCGGGGAUUCUUACUGUUUCCUUCACAAAGUUCAUGCUUUGGUAUGUCACCAGCAGGGCGGAGGUUGGGGGCACAGACUGCUUCUGCUAUAUUAUUAUAUACUGCUGUGUUGAAAGGUGAAGGUGAGAUACUUGUUGCUCUCCUUGCUCCGAAUCACGCCUUUAGCAUUGAACAAACAGAUGUCUUGAUCUGUACAGUUUGAAGCUUUUCAGGUGCUUCUUGUCAACUACCUUAGGUCCUAGUCAUGGUUUAGUUGGUGUGUGAUUCUCUUUGACUCUAGUCUUUGAGGUGCCAGCAGCAUUUUAUUGGCGUUGUUUUUUUUUGGGUAAAAAAUAGUAGACAGAAAGAUGUUGUCAGACUGGUGUUGUGCGUAGAAGACUAAUAUACAUAUAUAUAUAUAUAAAUAUCCCAUCCUGUUGAUCCUUGUAUAUAUAGAGAUAAUGUAUAGUUGAGUGUUUCUGCACAUGGUAGUCAGAUCAAGUAUUGCCUGUGAUGUUUUGUAAAAAUACAUUUGAUGAUGUGAACAAUGGUUUUUCAUCGCUCAAUUAUUGCAUUUACUUUGUUUGAAUAGUUCAGAUUUUCAUUUGGCUACAACCAUAGCAGGUUCUGUGGAGCUGUUGCAAAGGUAUAAUGUGUUAUCUGUGAUGGAAUGAUGGUGUAAAUUAUGACGACCUGGAGUUUACUCACAAAAUGAACUCUUUAGGAGGUAAUUUAAUGACCAUUUGUGGCUAGACUAUGAUAUUUGAUGUUAUGCUUCGUCUAAGUUUGGGCUGUAAAAAUCCUGCAUAGUAUGAUUGAAAUUGUCGUCAAUGACUUUAAUUAGUUGCAGUUGUUACUUUCUAAGAAAGGGAGGGAUUUUUUUUCUGGUUAGAAUUCAUGAUUUGUGUUGGAAUACUUUUUGUAUGUUAUUGUUAUUACUGAUCACAUUUGUCAACUGUACUGAAAAGCAAUAGUUCUACCACAAGAGUAUUGGAAUUCCAAUGUUUACAUUGCUGUGUACGGUUUUGUUUCAUGCCUUUAUCUAUGUACUCAUUGUCCCCUUCAUACGUGUAUGUCAGUGUGGCGAUGGACCUGCCAGUAGUUGCCUGCUGGUUUAAAUUGAUUAAUUAGAUGAGAAAUGACCAUGUAGUUAAAAGUUUAUAGUAGCAAUUAUACAGAAUAUUUUGUGUGUAAUGAUAAUGGUAACGAUGGUGGUUUUCAGUAAAACGUUACUUCUUUUCUGGACUGUUUCCAUUUACCAUUCCAUAAAUCCAGUUGUUUUCUAUGACUAUUGUUUUUACCUUUUUGUUCUUUAAACCCUCUCAGUUCCUUAUACUUCUUUCGCAUUGUUCUAUCAACCAAAUGGGUUGUUUAGUUAGUUCUGAUUUUCACUAUUGUUUUUUGGAAUGCUCUUUCAGUUUUUAAUAUGAUGCCACUUAUUUGCAAUGAAUCUGUGUUUACUAACAUUUUUCGAGCUCUACUUUUCUGAGAAUAGCACUUGGUUUGAAAUUUUUACGAAAAAAAAAGUGUGUGUCAGCAUCAGCUGUACCACCAUUUUCUAGCUGUAGAUGCUGUGUUAGCCUGUCAUGACACCAAAAGAUUUGCGGACUAAAAGUUAGUCUAAAAAGAAUUUUCCAUUGUAAGUAAAGUGUUAUUGUAAGGAGAUGUUAGUUCAAAUUUGCUUUGCUUUUUUAUGUGUGUGUGUGUGUGUGAGAGAGAGAGAGAGAGAGAGAGAGAGAGAGAGAGAGAGAGAGAGAGAGAGGGAGGGAGGGAGGGAGGGAGAGAGAGAGAGAGAGAGAUUACUGUGGUUUCAAAAGUUUAAAUGUAUUUUGAAGAGUAGACCUACACGUGCUAGAUUUUUUUUUUCUCUCAUUUAUCUAUCCGUGACAUACAUUUAAAUUUCGGCAUAGCAUGAAAUCAGCUUAAAGUAACAGAUGUCAUUCACCUGGAAGUUUUCUACAUUAUGUUUAUGUGUUUAUUAUGUUUUGAUCUUCAUUGAACAUGGCAUUAUUCUUUGUAGGUAGGCCUACCUCACAGGCAGUAUUGGUGUGAGUGUAAAUAUAUUUCUCAACUUCUGAACACAUUCCAUUGUUUACUAUUAUGUGUUCUUAUGCACUGACGAACAAUUUGAUGAGAUGGAACCUGCACUUGUGUCCGUGAAAUUUGAACCUGCCAUAAUUUAUUGCUUUGAGUUUAUCAGGGUUUUGGGUUUUUUGUUUGUUUUCCCAUCGAUAGCCACCAUUUAAACAAAACACCAAGUGAUUUUGAGAUUCCUAUUUUGGGUACAAACUCCCUAAAAUUUGAACCACUAAUUACAGUCAUGUUUUGAAUGUGAAAGGUGAAAGACUAGUUCUAAAUUUAGCAUGGAAAAUGGUACUUUUUAGUGUGUUUUGCAAUGUGUUGUUAUGCAAUGUUUGAUAAGGCUAUUUCUGAACUUCUAGGAGUCUUCUCAGUUCUUAUGCAGCACUGAUGUAGAAGAAUACAGAUUUAGUUAUGGUUUUGGUGUUCGUGACUGUGGUCAUUCCAUUGAUGAAAACAGCUAGGUUGACUAAUGUUUCGGUAAGAUUUGUUUCAUCGGUUAUUCUUGUGUAGGGAUUAAGAGCUAACAUUAUAGUGCCCUAAGCUGACAAAAAGCCUGUUUUCAUUUUUGGCGUCAAAUUUUUUAAUUUGCUAAAUCGACAGCUUGAUAAAUUACCCUACUUGUUUGGAAAAAAAGUGAAACUGUGGCUGUUUGUUAAUAAAUUGGAAUUAGAUUUUGGAAGAAUGUCCUUUUACGCUGACAAAAAUCCUUUAUACUAGUAUCUCAAAACUGCUGUGAAUAAAAAUAAAGGUGUUUUCUUAGCGUUCUGCAGUAUAAAAUGUUUACAAAAUUGCCUCUUUUAUUUCUGUUCUUCGUUGAUAUUAUUAUUUACCAUACUUCUAAUUUAUCCUUUUCUUAGUCAAGUAAACAUUUUUUUAGUCUCUACUUACAGCUGUCUUUAAAAACCUUAAUUAGCUGGAGUAGAUUAAGUUAUAUAUGCUUUAAUUGUGAUUGGGUUGUGAUGAUGGCGAACAGUUUGUUGUCAUUGUGUUAUUUGCGUAUUACUGGACAUAGUACAUGCUUGCUUUAAUUUCAUGUGAACUGGUCCAUGUACUUCAACCGCUUCCCUUACAUUGUUACUUCCUGGUGUUUAACUAAUGAAUGUAAA